AUGCAGCUCCCUCGAUUUGGGGCCGUCCUGGGCCUCUUCUCCUACUUGAGCCUGGCCACGGCUCAGACUUACACUAGCUGUAAUCCUACGGAGAGCACAUGUCCUGCGGACACCGCACUGGGAAAGUCCGCAUCUUUCGAUUUUACCCAAGGAAGCUCUUCCGACUUUGAGCCAACGGGUACCCCAACAUAUAGUGAUGAUGGGGUUGCGUUCACAGUGGCUAAAGAGGGGGAUGCCCCACUUAUCCAAUCCAAGUGGUACAUCAUGUUCGGACGUGUUGAAUAUGUGAUCAAAGCGGCUCCCGGAACCGGUAUUGUCAGCAGUGCCAUAUUACAGUCCGACGACCUGGAUGAGAUUGAUUGGGAGUGGCUCGGUGGGAACGACAAUCUGGUGCAAAGCAACUACUUUGGCAAAGGAGCAACCACCCCAAACAAUCGCGGAGCGACCCAUGACGUCGCUAACAACCACGACGAAUUCCACACAUAUACCAUCGAUUGGACCGACGAGCAGAUUGUCUGGCAGAUUGACGGCAAGACAGUGCGGGUGCUCACUCCGGAGACAGCUAACGCCAAUCAAUAUCCCCAGUCGCCAAUGGUAGUGAAAGUGGGAAUCUGGGCCGGAGGCGACCCGAACAACGCACAGGGCACUAUCGACUGGGCUGGUGGAGAGACUGACUACAGCGCUGGGCCGUACACAAUGUACAUGAAGUCCCUCAAGGUUACCGACUACUCGACAGGGUCCUCUUACACAUAUAGUGACAAAAGUGGACUGUGGACGUCAAUUACCUCCGAUGGAGGCAAGAUCAACGGCAACAUCAAUGCAGACACAAUUUCCUCCAUUCAAUCUGCACCUACCAUAACCGCGACGGUCAGCAUUCCGAUUCCUUGGCCUGGGACCCAUCGAGAAACUUCGAGUUACGUGACCCCCGACGUCUGGCCUUGGGUUACUGGCACAGGGGCAGCCGCUGCCUACACUGGUAGUUGGUCAUAUUCCAGCUCAGGACAGGUUCAGCCGCCAAGUGCGGCGUCCGUGACCUUCCUUCCGGUCUACAUCAGCCUGCUCGCCAUCUGCGCCGGCCUCAUCCUCCCACUUCGUCUCUAG